AUUCCCGAAAAAAGAUCAGAUAAAUGAGAAAGCAAUGCAGGUUUUUUUUCCCAGAAGAGAAACCAAUGAUACGUUGAUCAAAUACAAUAUUAUAUUGAUUUAACAAAAUGAUGUUAAGCUUCUCUCCCUCUACAUCUUGAAGUCAUCGAUCAUUGGUCUUUCAGUGAUAGAGCAUAUCGAGACAGGAAUUAUCAUUGAGCCAUUUCAUCUUAUUCCCCCUUCCCCUUUUUCAAAAACCCAAACCCAAACACAUUUCAAUGCCGAAAUCUAAUCUUCACGUCAUGGGUGAUCUUAUGAUGCUCAGUAUUUAUAUAUACUAAACUUCCAUCACUCGAUCAAUAAUAAAGCAGGCGGAUUAGACAAAGAUUUUUUAUGUUGAACUCAACUGGAGCGUAGAAGGGGUGGAAUCACCGGCAUGAUCAACUUCAACCUUGUUGAACCAUACGUCUCUUGCGACAGUCACAGCUUCUUCCGGUGAAGCAAAAAGCAAUCGAAUACCAACGAAGUCCUUCUCUUAAGAGCUCAAUUCCAAUGCUUUUCUUCUCUCUCCCUCUCCCCACCCCACACUUUCUGUGUGAGAAAGGGGAGCUGUUAGCAGAAAGGUGCUAUUGAGGUUAUCUUCUUUCGGAAAUGGAAUUGUUGUAUUACGAGCUUUAUCGUGUCGACUGUUGCCGCCGUAAAAAGCACUCUAGUGAUAUUACGAAAAACCCUAUAUAUAUAUAUAUAUAUGGCAGCAUGAGUUUCACCCCAGUGGUGAAAGGCUGAAAGCCACCAAGCUUAUCAGGAAUCAGCAUAAUUAUUCCGUUGAUUUCUAGUAUCACACAGCACUUCACGGCAAAUCACCAUGGCUCCACUGACUUCAACCAAACCCGACGAGGACCAGGUUCUGGUUGAAGAGAGGUCUUCUGCAAGAAUAUUGACAUUGAAUAGACCUAGGCAAUUGAACGCCCUUUCAUUUCAAAUGGUUUCUCGGUUGUUGGAACUUUUCAUUGCCUAUGAGGAGGAUUCAAAUGUCAAGUUGGUAAUUGUGAAGGGAAAGGGGAGAGCAUUUUGUGCUGGUGGUGAUGUUGCAGCUGUGGUUCAUGAUUGUAGUAAAGGUGACUGGAGAUCAGGUGCAAAUUAUUUUCGGAAGGAAUUCCUCUUAAAUUACAUCAUGGCAACCCAUUGUAAACCCCAGGUUUCAAUUCUUAACGGAAUUGUGAUGGGAGGUGGAGCCGGUGCUUCAAUUCAUGGUAGAUUUCGGGUUGCAACAGAGAAGUCGGUCUUUGCAAUGCCAGAAACAGGUUUGGGACUCUUCCCAGAUGUAGGUGCCUCUUAUUUCUUGUCCAGACUCCAAGGAUUCUUUGGAGAAUAUGUGGGUCUUACCAGCGCUAGGUUGGAUGGUGCUGAAAUGCUUGCGUGUGGCCUUGCAACUCACUUUGUCCCCUCAAUGAGAUUGUCUCUGUUGGAAGAGGCACUGCACAAGUUAGAUUCAAGUGAUCCAGCCAUUGUUUCUGCAACCAUUGACAAAUACUCACAGCAACCUUAUUUGAAAGAGCAAAGUGCAUAUCACAGAUUGGAUCUAAUUGAUAGGUGCUUCUCUCGAAGAACACUCGAAGAUAUUUUAUCUGCCCUUGGGAGAGAGGCAUUGAAUAAGAAUGAUGAUUGGAUAUCUGCAACAAUUAAGUCACUGAAGCAAGCAUCUCCAAUGAGCCUUAAGGUUUCUCUGAGAUCGAUUAGACAAGGAAGGCUCCAGGGUGUUGGUCAAUGCCUUGUUCGUGAGUAUAGAAUGGUUUGUCAUAUCCUACAAGGGAAAGUCAGCCGGGAUUUCUUUGAGGGCUGUAGAGCUAUACUGUUGGACAAGGAUAAGAACCCAAAGUGGGAGCCCUCUAAGUUGGAGCUUGUUAGUGAGGAUAUGGUCGACUCAUACUUCUCUAUGUUGGAUGGUGAAGAUUGGGAAGAUUUGAAGUUCCCCGCAAGAUCCAAUUUGCCUGUACCUGCCAUUGCAAAGCUUUAAUGCAUCAAGAUGAAAAAAAACGGGGGAAAUUGUUAUAAUCUUCUCUUUUCUAGCUAGUUUUUGCCAUUUCAAAAGGAUUCAGGGGCCUAUACUUGAAGGAAAGUUGCACCAUAAGCGAUACUCCCAACCCAAUACGAUCCAGAUUGUUUGCUUACUCCAAACUGGAUCAAGAUUCCUUAAUUGUCCAAUUAAUAUUGUAGAUGUUUAAGAUCUUAACUUGCGGAGAUUUGCAUGGGUAAAGUUUCAAACUACCAACUUCUUUAAUAAAGUCAAUUUUCAUAGUUA